UGUAACAUUCGAAAAUUUAUUAUUAUUAUUAUUAUUAUGAUCAUAUUUAGCAUUUAAUUUGUCAAUCUUCAGAUAAGAUGAAGAUCAUACUUGAAACAACAAACGAAAGAAAGUCAAAGGAUCAAUGAAAAUAAUUUAUGGUUACAUCAAAAUUUGAAAUGGCUUUCGACCUGGAUGUGUUGAUACAACAACAACAACAACGACGACGACGACGACAACAAAAAAAACAAAAUUAAACUUGAAAAUAAUGUACACAACACAAUUUGAAUGUUAGCUUCACUGUCGAACAUUUCAACAACGAGAACGAUUCAUUGCCCCCCCGCAUAGGAACAUUCGAAAAAGAGUCUUCUGGGCCAAUUCCUCUUUUUUUUCCUUCUUCAUUUUCGAAUGAAAAAAAAAACGUUUCAAGAACUUUUUCUUAUGUAAUCACCACCACCACUAUCAUCAUCAUCAUCAUUGAGAGAAUGAAGAGAACAUUCAAUAUAUUCACAAUGAUAAGAUAAACAUUUACGUCUGUUUUGAUAAUCGUUACAACAAAUGCAUCGUUGUCUUCUUUUUUGUUGUUGUUGUUGUUGUUGUUUUUCUGUGACCAUCAUUUUGUACUGUUUAUUUAUUUAUUUUCUUUUCUUUCCUUAAAUCAUUUAUAAACUAUGUGGACAUAACGGAUGAAAUGGAUGGACAAAUGAUAUAUUAUAUGCAUAAAAUGGGGAUGGAAAAUGUGAAUCUUCGAAUCCAAGAUCGAAUAAAAAUGAAUUAAAACACGAACAAGACACUGAUGAAGAGUAAAAAAAAGAAGAAAAUCUUCCAGAAAGUAAACGACGAACGAGCUGGACAAUAUAAAAAGUCAAACACUUGUCCAUGGAAUCCUAGUUUACAAAACAAAAAAACAUUAUCAACUUUUGUUUAUACAGUGUGUAAUUCAUCGAUCCAUUGUAGAUUUAAAUAAUAUAAAUCGAAUAAAAAUGUUCAAGGAAAUCAUUACAUUAACAUUAUGCUGUUUGUUUAUUGCCGUUUAUGCUGCACCAGCUACAACGACAGCUGAAAAAGAAGAACCACCACAUCCAUAUAAUUUUGCUUAUGAAGAAAAAGAUGCAAAUUUCACCAUUACCCGGCAAGAAGAAAUGGAUGAACAUGGUACGGUAAAAGGUUCAUAUUCAUAUAUUGAUCGUGAUGGUGUAUUCCGUACCGUUAAUUAUAUUGCCGAUGAAAAUGGUUUCCGUGCUGCUGUACAAUCAAAUGAACCUGGUCUUACUAAUUCAGCACCGGCUGCUGCUACCAUUCAAAUCAAUUAACAU